AUGGACUCCAUGAGAGAUGGAAGUAGCAGUGAUGAGAGCGACGAUGAGGAAGAGUUCAGAGAUGGUUCAGAUGAGGACACUCCUAGAUUAAUAGCAAAAGCGAAGGAGAAGACGUUGAAAGCUUUGGAAGAUGAUGAACUGCCCAAUGCUGUUCUUAUGUCAUUACCUUUCAUGAGUGGAAAAAUUCUGAUGGAGAAAACUCUAAAAAAAACCGUUAAUGUUAGUGGUAGAAGAGUGUUUGGUGCAACCGCUAAAGUGGAAGCUCCAAAAGAGUCUAGAAAGGAUUCAGAUAACUUUUAUGACGACAGUGAUAGUGACAAUGAUAUGGCUGGCAUAGAAGAUAAUAACAUAGAGCCUGUAAGAGAUAAUGCCUCACCUGCUACAAACACCAUUACAGAAACUGAGAAGUUUGAUGAUGAUGUUGCUGGAAAUCCAGCAUAUAAGACAACAUUCGAUGUUGCCAUGUUUGCAUCAGGCUCCUGGAAGAAGGUUUACUUUUGAGUUUUUUACAUCAGA